AUGCAUCAAUAUACCUGCAAGCCUCAACUCUAUGCUAAUUUAGUUUUUGAAGCUUCUAAUGCAUUCCGAUUGAAGCCUUCAGCUGACUGUGGCCCAUUCCGAGGUCUGCCUUUCUUCAUUCAGUCCAUCUACAGCUGGAUCGAUACACUAAGUAGCAGGCCUAGCUACCUGUGGGUUGUUUGGAUUUACCAGAACCUCAUUGGAAGCGUGCACUUCUUUUUCAUCCUCACUCUCAUUGUGUUAAUCAUCACAUAUUUUUACUGGCAGAUCACAGAAGGAAGGAAGAUUAUGAUCAGACUCCUCCAUGAACAGAUCAUUAAUGAGGGCAAAGAUAAAAUGUUCCUGAUAGAAAAGUUGCUCAAGCUUCAGGAUGUGGAGAAGAGAGCGAACCCCAGUUCACUUACAUCAGAAAAGAGAGAAGUGGAGCAACAAGGCCCUCUGCAUUUUGGGGAACAUGAUGCUACUCUUGACCUGCGAUUGAGGAGAUCCACUCAAGAAGAUCAUCCAAAGGCCUGA